AUGAACUUCACCAACAUCAAUGAUCCUGCUGGAGUCAAGGCUCUCCUCGAUCAGCUCAGGUCAUCUCAAGCAUGGCAGGAGCUUGCCAGUGCUCCCUCACAACCAGGUCCAAGUGGUGCUGUCACGUCGACCUCCUCCGCAAAGCCUUUCAAUCCACCCCCCAGUGAAAGUGCUGAGUCGCGUCAGAAUUUGGAGAAAUCCAAAAGUAGUUUGUCUGACAAUAAUGUAACGCCUGAUCCUCCAGGACCGUCCUCGUCUGUUGCAGCCUUGCUCUCCCAACUACAUGCGCAUCCAUCUCCACCUAUUCCGUCGCCUCUGCCCUCGCAUGGCCUGCCGCUCGUUCAGCCUCAUCAUUUCGUACCGCCGGCCGCACCAUACCUCCCACCCGAGCCGAGGCCACCCACGACGACACCCUCGGGCCCAUCCCCAUCGGUUCGGAAGGAGGAUCUCCGAGGUUGCACCUUCCAACAGGCUCUCCCGCAUCUCGUCCGGCUGUCCGAGGACCCUACCUUCCUGAAGAAGGAGCAGGCUGAUCUGGAGCGGCAGCUGUGGGACGAACGAAAGGCGAUUCAGCGCAAGCAUGAGGAAAAGAUCAAGGUUGCGCGGAACAAGGCGAGUCUGAUUGGAGUGGGGCUCACGCAAUUCGAGGCGGAUAUGAUGUCCGACGCUUUUCGCAAGGAGCUACGAAAGUUUGAUGCAGAGCGUGUCCUCCCUGCUUGGGACGGUCUGAUUACGAAGCAGCAGGCGAAGCUCGAGUCGCUCAGCGUUCCGGCAAUGUACCAGACGACGAUGUCUGCAGACAGAGAGCGCCAGCAGCGCGUCAUGCAGGUGCUCAAUGGAAUUGUCGGUAACGAGGGUUCUUGA